UAACCACCGGCACAACCACGUGACCAUCUUCUACUGGAAACGCUUGUUUGUAAUGUCACAAUCCGGCAGUUCACUCUGCUCGAGCUGACACGACACUGUCCAGAGGUGAAUCAGGGAGGGCAUUUGAUAUUACAAUGCUGUGGAUGAGAUGGGAGCUGCUGCUAAUGGCCAGCAUAUGCUGGCAGAGGGGCCACACAGAUAAUCAUGAGGCUACGAAGAGUCUUGGUCAUGUGACUGUGGUAGUUGUGGGUGGAACAGGUGACUUGGCCAGGAAGUACCUGUGGCAAGGCUUUUUCCAGCUCUAUGCUGACCAGGUAGGCAAAGGACACACCUUCUCAUUUUACGGUGGGGCCCUUACACCGCCCGAGAAGGGGACGCCACUGCUGUUUGGGAUCUUGAAGGAGCUGGCUUGCCCUCCGGAGCUCUCUGUGGAGCGUUGUGCUUUGGUCAAAGACCAGUUCGUGCAUCUGUCCAAGUAUCACCAGCUGAAGACUACUGAGGACUACGAGAAACUCAACCAGCAGAUCAAACAGCAGCUAGGACAGGAGGGUAUGGUCGAAGCAGGGAGGCUUUUCUACCUGUCUGUUCCAGCUUUUGCAUAUGCAGACAUUGCAGAGAAGAUCAACAACACCUGCCGUCCCCCAUCUGACGCAUGGCUCAGGGUGGUACUGGAGAAGCCAUUUGGUCAUGACUUUUAUAGUGCUCAGGCCCUUGACAAAAAAUUGUCAGGCCAGCUGAAAGAAGAGGAGAUGUACAGGAUUGACCACUAUUUAGGGAAGCAGGUUGUCUCUAAAAUUCUGCCAUUUAGGAAAGAGAAUAAGAAACUUCUAGACCCUAUCUGGAACAAGCAUCAUAUUGAAAGAAUAGAAAUUGUAUUGAAGGAAACCCUGGAUGCCAAAGGGCGGAUUCAAUUCUAUGAUCAAUAUGGCGUCAUCAGAGAUGUGAUCCAGAACCACCUCACAGAGGUCAUGACCCUUAUGUUGAUGAACCUUCCUGCAAACCUAUCCAACAGCAAGGAGAUACUACAAAACAAGCUUCAUUUCUUGGCUUCCCUUCAACACAUAGAUCACAGUAAUGCCGUAGUAGGUCAGUACCAAGCUUACAAUGGAGAGGUUCAGGAAGAGCUAAAUAAAACAAAGGACUACUUCAGCUUGACCCCCACAUUUGCUGGUGUGGUCGUUCAUGUCGACAAUGCACAAUACGAGGGUAUCCCCAUAUUUAUGACCUCAGGCAAAGCACUUGAUGAACGGGUUUCUUAUGCACGUGUACUUUUCAAAAGCAAUGUAUUUUGUGUCCAGGAUCCCGACAAUGUUCGGUGCAAAUCCAAACAGAUCAUAUUUUAUAUGGGUCAUGGUACCCUUCAGUACCCUGCGAUUCUUUUGAGCAAGAACCUGUUCAAGCCCGAACUGGUGAGCAGCGGUGACUGGAAAGAGGUCACCGAAUACAAAGACGUGAAUGUGCUGGGUUUACCACUCAGUGACUAUUAUAUUCAGUCACCGGUUACACCCAGAGAGGCUUAUUGUGAGCUGAUCUCACACGUCUUCUUUGGACGCAAGGAUAGCUUUAUUAGUGCCGAAGGACUCCUUGCUUCCUGGGAGUUUUGGACUCCCCUCCUUGAAGGCCUGAGUCGGGUCUUUCCACGUGUGUAUCCAGGUGGCGCAGCCAAUGGUAACCUACUGAACUUUCAGCUGCAGGGCCAUCAGGUCGCCUUUAGCCAUGAAGCUGUGGUCAACGUCAUCAACACUGGUGCUGAGGACAACUUCCAAGUGAUGCAAGGGAAGUACCGUAGCUCUGAAAUGAUAUCUGCCUGGGCACAGGAACUGGUGGAUCGCUUGGCUUCUGAUCUUCUCUUGGCUGCUGAGGAGGCCAUUCGUGAACAAGGUCAGUUUCACCUGGCAUUGUCUGGUGGCUCCAGCCCGGUGGCACUGCUCCGUGCACUGGCCCUGAACCUCUACACCUUUCCGUGGCGCAACACUCACAUAUGGCAAGUGGACGAGCGCUGUGUGCCACAUACAGAAUCAGGCUCCAACUUCCGGUUUAUUCACGAUCUCCUGCUUCAGCAUAUCCGCAUACCCUACUUUAACAUCCACCCCAUGCCUGUGCAUCUGACCCAACGGUUAUGUGUGGAAGAGGAUGGCGGUCCAGCAUUUUAUGAGAAGGAAAUCAAGAAACAUGUUAAUGGCUCCAGCUUUCACUACAUCCUGCUUGGCGUAGGCCAGGAUGGCCACACUGCCUCACUAUUCCAGGACACCAGUUUUGAAAACGACGAGGAACAUUUGGUAAUUCUGACAGAAAGCCCCAUUAAACCUCACCAGAGAAUGAGUCUUACAUUCACAGCCAUCAAUAGGGCUCGAAGGGUAGGUGUUUUAAUUAUGGGCAAGAGCAAGCAUGAACUUGUCAGUCAACUUAGCCGAAUUAAGGGUGAAUCAUCCAAGUAUCCCAUCACCAAAGUACAGCCGAAGAGCGGUAGUCUUAUGUGGUACAUUGACUAUGAUGCAUUGCUAGGAUAAAUGUCCUAAAGACCAGCACAAAUCCGUCAGUGAAGCCACCCACCAGGGCUUAUACUGUAGCUCAAAUUGAAUGCUGUAUUGGGAAUGAUUGAGGAGUAUAAAUUGAAGUUUAAUGUUCACACCAAUUGAGGUGUGAUGUGUGUUAAUUUAGUUAAUUUAAUGCUGUGAUAAGGACUUUGCAAUUUGAUUGUGUUAUGGAAUGAUUGCAUUAUAAAUGACUUAAAAUCUCAGGAACUCUCUCAGUUUACAAUAACUUUUUUCCAAGUAAUCAAUCUUAUAAUAUUGCUGGAAUCAUUAUUUUACAAGAUCCAACAGUUUAGAAAGCAAUUAUGAAGAUAUGAACAAUUUAAUUCUUUAUUAAGCACUUUUUCUUUUUACUUUUUUGUGACCAAGCAGAUAAAAUCAGAUAUAACGUGUAUCUGAAUGUUCUGUAAUUUGACUUUUUUAUUUUUUUACAUAGCUACAAUUACUCAUCAGACAGUAUCAUAUCCAGUGUUUUUAGGACGGAACAAGUAUUCAUGUACUGUUUCAAAUUUAGACGGAUUUCAGUUUCUAUUGUUGGCCUUAGUUGAUAAAACCAUUCCAAUACUACAUUGUUGACAAUGUAUUAGUGUCAAAGAUUGUUUUCAUACCUCAGAAAACAAAGGUUCAUUAUGUGUAGAGCAGUUGAAAAGGCACAACACCUUACAAUGGUUUUAUAUCUAAAGGUGAAUACCUUAGUAAAGCCUCUUUAAACAGUGUUUUUUUGUUUUUUCUAAGAAGGGCAUGUUAGUCAGCAUUGCAUGCUUAAUGAAACAAGGCAGGAGUUGUUUAUAGAAAGCUGGACAGCAUUGUCUGAUUUAUAACCACCGAUUUAACAUUUUA